CUGACGUGCCGUGGCGAGGGCUCUUCCGCGAGCACUCCUUUACUCGAGUUGAUUUGGGGAACGUUAAUUUUUCAUAUAGAUAUUUGGGAGCUUUAUCUGUCAUGAGACGAAAAAUGAGUAUACAAUUUCUAGCUUUAAGAUAGUCAGAAAUAUAGCAGCCAAGUAGGCGCGUUCUCCAAGCUGAAAUAUGCUCAUAUUUUGCUAGCCCAAACACAUCUGGGGUGGGGGGCGGAGGGGGAGAGGGCGCGGGCCCCUCAACCCCUCCUAUUUGAAAGGGGACAGCCCCCACUUUACGAAAAGUUGAAUUGCUGUGCAACUUCGUCUCUUGGACCGCAGCUAUCAAUAUACCAUGCCGACACAUGAAGACCCUGCAUCAUCUGAUGAAUUCGUUUGGAGGUAAGUUUACCGUGUGUCUAUUAAACUGUAAUACAACAAAAUUUUAAGUGUAGGUACCGUAAAAUUUCGAAGUCUGGAAAGCAAGUGCGAACGUGUAAUCAGCAAAUUUCAUUAAGAAAAAACACAUUCUUUGAUAGGUCGAGGCUAUCGAUGGUGAAGCUCAUUGCAUUUUCUUACUUUUGGUUGAAGAAUGUGACACAAGAUUUUAUAAUUGAGGAGUUAAGUAUUACAAGACCGACCGCAGUUGAUUGGUGUAAUUUUUGCCGUGAGGUAGUGUAUGACGGCAUGGUUGUAAAGGGGCGGAAAAUUGGAGGUGUCGGGUCUAUUGUUGAGAUAGACGCAAGCAAAUUCGGACGCCGGAAGUAUCAUCGUGGACACGCAGUUGAAGGGCAAUGGGUUUUUGGUGGAGUGGAGCGUGGUACCAAUAAGUGUUUUCUUGUUCCCGUUGAAACGCGGGAUAAGGAAACUUUAUUGGCAGUUAUAAAGAAUUGGAUUCUUCCUAACACGACCAUAGUUUCCGAUUUUUGGAAGGCGUAUGACUGCCUAAGUGAUGAAGGGUACGUUCACUUUAAAGUUAACCAUUCGGUUAAUUUUAAAGACCCAUUUGGUGUUGUNAGUACCAUCGAAACAAAAAGUUUGGAUCCGCUGAGCAAUUUUUUUAAACUGGCUGGUGCAUUAUACAAUCCACUGAAUCCAUACAUGCCGGAAGAAGCAGAGGAUUUUGAAAUUGAGGUUAUGGAAGAAGAGUAG